AUGAAUGAAGAGAUUGAAAAUUAUUUUCAAGUAAGAGUUGAUUCAUUCCAAAAAAAUGAGAAAACAAAUGAAUUAGUAGUUAAAAUAACGGUAACUUCUGUUGAGUUAAUGUGGAAUGUUUAUCGUAGAUGGAAAGAAUUUAUUAAAUAUUUAAUUUCUUUACAAAAGUUAACAACUACUCGAUCUAUUUUAUUAAAAGAUUGGUCAGAAGAAGUGGUAUUAGAAAGUAAAGAAAAAAUUGAUUAUUUACAAACAUUAAUUAAUGUAUUAUUCUCAAAUGAGUGUGUUCAAAGAGAAAUAGAAAAAUCUCAAUUCUUUUUUGAAUCUUUUCAGCCAGUGUAUAGUUUAGUAAGUGUAUUACAUGAGGGGUCAAUGAAAUUUUGUGAUUGUUUAGUACAAGACAAUCUUCAAUUCACACCAUCUCAUCUUGUUUUAUCUCAAAAUUAUCAUCUUUAUUUUUACCUUACAACUGAUGAAUUUUCAUUUCCAGUGAUUGACAUCUCAUUACCCAUUCAUUCAUGUGUUUAUGUUCACUCAUCACCAACUAAUAUUUUCCUUUCAAUAGAUACAAAAACUAUGUUCAUUCUUCAAAUGGCAAAUUAUAUUGAAGCAGAAUGGUGGUCAAAAUUAAUUGCUCGUUUUCCAUCAUCUAAGUCUAAAAUUCCAAGUCCAAUUAAAAAAGUAUUUGAAUCAAUAUCAUCAGUAUCACAUAACAUAUUUGCUGAAUGUUGUAAUGAGUGUAAUCCACAUAAAAAGAAACAAUUAAAACAAGAAAUUAAACAAACAAUUCAAAAUAAAAAUGUUAUCACUGCAAUAAAAAAACUUAAAACGAAAAAUGUUGUAGACAAUGUUGGAGAAUUUGUUGAAUUAUCAGUUCAAGCUAUAAUGGGGACAAACUUAGAAAGUGUUCAAACUACAUUAAACAGCUCUGUUUGUUUAACCAUUAACAAUGUAAUUGUAACUGAAAAUAGGAAAUUAAAAGACCUUGAGAUGAAAGAGACAGAUUUUAUUAGUCUUCAAGCUGUGAACAAAGAAAUGAAAAUGAUUUUAUCUGCUAGUGCCUUACAUGAAGAAGAGUUAAAAGAAAUGAAAGAAAAAGAGAGUAAAAAUAAUGACAAUAAAAUUAAUACCCAAAUAAUUAAAACAAAUCAAAUAAAUGAAAAAGAAGGAAUUAUUUGUAAUAGUAAAGAAAAAACUUUAAAUAAUAAUUUGAAUUGUUAUCCAAAUGAACAUCUUGUGAAAAUUUAUUCAGGAAUUCUUCAUUUACAUUUACAGUAUAAAGCAGGACCACCUGUUACAUGUAUUGGACUUAAAUUUAUUGCAGGAUCAUUAAUUAUUACAUCUGCUAGAAUAAUUUUUAGAGUAGAACAAGGAGAUUAUGAUAAUCAAGAAGAUGAUGGAUUGUUUUCUUCACCUAGAAGAGUAUGUUCUGAAGAAGGAUUUGAAAUACCUAUUCCAUUGUUCUAUGAAAUUAAAAAAGAAAAAGUGUUAUUACCAUCUAUUGGGAAUUAUUGUUGUGUAUUAGUUAAAUGUAAAAAUUUUCAUCAAUUUAGUUUGGCCUUUUUUGAUGGAAAUAAAGCUGAUGAAUUAGAAGAUAUUAUUAUGAAGGCAGUAGGGCGUGGAAGAAUUCAUGAAAUGUUUUACUUUAGGGGGAAUUAUGAAAGUCCUAUAUAUUAUGACAAAGAACUUGAAAGAUUAGAGUGGAAUAAAAGUGGAAUGAAUUUAGUACGGAUUGAUGUAAAAGGAUAUCCAAAUAAAGUUAUUGUUCCAAUUGCAAAUGAAGAAGAAAUUAAUCAAGUUAUUGGGUUUAGAAGUAAAGGAAGAAUUCCAGCAGCUACUUGGUGGAAUAGAGAAAAAGGUGUUAUCAUGAGAAGUAGUCAACCAUUAGUUGGAUUAAAAACAAGUAGAUGUUUUAGUGAUGAAAAAUUAUUAGAAAAAGCAGCUGAGUUAUCAAAGAAUAAACGAAUUAGCAUUAUUGAUUGUAGACCUAAAUUAAAUGCAUCUGCUAAUUUGAUUAAAGGUAUGGGAUUUGAAGAUAUUAAAUAUUAUAAGAAUUCAGAAAUUAUCUUUUUAGAUAUUGAUAACAUUCAUAAAAUGAGAGAAAGCUUUCUUGAAUUAACUUCUGUUACAAAGAAAAUAUCUUAUUGUAAUGUUGGAGCGACUGAUGGAAUGAAAAUGGUUACUAGUUCAAAAUGGUUAUAUCAUAUCAAUAAAAUACUUAAAGGAACUUAUUUAACAACAAACAAAUUUCUUAAUGGAAAUUCAUUACUUAUUCAUUGUUCUGAUGGAUGGGAUCGAACAAGUCAAAUCGUUAGUUUAGUUGAAAUUAUUGUUGAUCCAUAUUAUCGAACAAUAGAAGGGUUAGAAGCACUAAUAGACAAAGAUUGGAUUGCCUUUGGACAUAAAUUCCAAGAUCGGUGUCGGCAUUUUGUAUCUACUCAAAGUAUUAAUGAAUACUCUCCAAUAUUUCUCCAAUUCAUAGAUUGUGUUUAUCAAUUUAUGAGAAUUUUCCCAAAAGAAUUUGAAUUUAAUGAAACUUUUUUGAUAGAAAUUAUUCAACAAACUUAUUCAUGUUAUUUUGGUAAUUUCUUAUUUAACUGUGUUGAGCCAAUCAAUCCUCGACCUGAAUCACUUUGGGAUGUAUUAAAUAAUAAAGAAAUUCAAUGCCGAUUUGUAAAUCCAUCAUAUCACCCUUCAACAACUAUAUUGAAUCUUUCAUUUUUGGAGAAGCAAACACCACUUUUAUGGAGAAAAUAUUAUUUACAAUAUCAUAAAUUUCAUUCAUUAUAA